ACCUCCACCCCCCCUCCCCGGAGAAAGAACAACCCUCCUUAGCCCGGUGCACACAGGUUAUUUAUUUAGGUCAGUGUUUUAGGUUAGACCUCCUUUGCCAGGAGGUCUCCACGACUGGGAGGACCGGAAGACUUGCUGUCGCCUCGGAACGCCCGCACGGUUGCUUUGACAGGUCACCUUGGCCCACAACGUUUAAGAGCACAGAUGAAUGAAUAAAGUGAGAACACUGUGGUUUUGAUGAUCUGUGAUUGGAUGAAUUAAUCAGUCUCCACUGGGAAGCCAGGCUUAAUGUGAUGGAAACACUCUUGAACUUGGUGUCCAGAAGACAAAGGCUUGAGUUACAGCUCUGUUAGUUUUACUGUGACCUUGGCCAGAAUUCACAAUGACAACAGUAACCGUAACCACAGAGGUUCCCCCAAGGGGUAAAAUAGAAGAUAAUUCUGCCUUGUAUGAGUCCACAUCAGCUCAGAUUAUUGAAGAGACUGAAUAUGUGAAAAAGAUCCGAACUACUUUGGAAAAGAUCCGAAAUCAAAUUUUUAAAGACGAAGUAGGACCUAACAGCACAAAUCACAAACUAGAAACAAAGCGCUGCCCAAACAUUCACAGCGGCUCUGGUUCUGAAAUGGAUCCCUCGUACUGCAGUUUGCAUCUGCUCGUGGAAAGGAUGAAAGGAAAAGACCUGAAGCUCUUAGAAAUGAACAAAGAGAAUGAAGUCUUGAAAAUCAAGCUGGAAGCUUCCAGAGAAGCAGGAGCGGCGGCUCUGAGAAACGUGGCACAGAGGUUAUUUGAAAUCUACCAAACACAGUCGGAAGAAGUUAGAAAGAAACAUGAGGAUGAUAAACACUUCCUCAAGGUUAACAAACUUGAAAAGGAACAACAAUUGAAACAGCAUGUUGAAAAUCUGAAUCAAGUUGCUGAAAAGCUUGAAGAAAAACAUAAUCAAAUCACAGAGUUGGAGAACCUUGUACAGAGGAUGGAAAAGGAAAAGAGAACACUGCUAGAAAAAAAACUGUCUUUGGAAAACAAGCUGCUGCAACUCCAAUCCAACGCUACAUAUGCUAAAAGUUGCCACGAUCUUCAAAUGGAGAUUGCCCUUCUGCAGGAGCAGACCUCUCAUCUGCAGUUUGUGAUUCAUUCCCAACAUCAGAACCUGCGCAGCGUCAUCCAGGAGAUGGAAGGAUUAAAAACUAAUUUGAAAGAACAAGAUAAAAGGAUUGAAAAUCUGAAAGAAAAAGUUAACAUACUUGAAGCCCAGAAUAAAGAACUAAAAACCAAGGUGGCACUUUGGUCUAAAACUCCUAGAACAACAGUAUCCAAGGGUGUCUCUACAAGUGAAUUGAAGACUGAAGGCACUACGCCCUAUCUGAUGUUGAUCAGGCUCCAGAAAUGAGCUGACUAGCUGAAGAUCUCAAUAAGAAAGAUCACUAUGUGGGUCUUAUUUAUUCCUUGAAACACAGACUAAAUGUGCAAGUUAAAAUGGCUCACUGGCAGUAUUCAAUGGGAUUUAUUAUACAUCAACGGCUCUGCAGGAAGAGGACACUCCAGAAAAUCAAACAAAUGUAUAUUCAAGGCAAGGAACUCUUCCUUCAAAACUUACUGAAUGGGUGAAGAGACCUGGGGCAUUUGAUGGAAGAUGAAUUUUGCUUUAAACUUCAAAAAGAAUCUGAAUAUUUUUUGCAGAUUUUUGCUGAAGGGAGUGGUUUAAGGUUGUCAGCUAUAACCUUCUGAUAGUGGUUUUUAUGUAUACAAAUGGAAGAGUGUAUGUACAUGUGUGUGAAUAAAUGAUAUAUUUUAAAGUUAA